AUGAAGGUGCCUUUUCUUCAACAGCAGGCUCAACUCGAGAAAGGCCAUUCUCGAACCAUCUCGCAACCGGGGUCCUUACCGUUCAUCACGGAUCUCAAGGCAAAGCUGCUGCCUCUGACCCAAUACAGCUACAGCAUACCGAAUCCUCUGGCGAGGGCCCUCAAGCUCGUCGCCGCCGUCCUCGUCUUCGUGGUCUUGUGCUUGAACCUACCUUCGAGGCGACCCUACGCGACAGACUUGGUCCUUGAGACGGCCGACUUGCGUAAUGGCGCCCUUGUCUCUGUCAAGCCGGUCAGGCCGUCACAUGCUGCUGACGACCUGUCCAAGCCCGUCAACGAAAGCACCCACGACGCCCACCCUACUACGACCCACGUCAUGAACUGCAACACCGACAUGGGCAGGCUCCGCGAAAUCGGGGCCGCCCACGAUCUCGGGGACCAGAUCGAGUACCUCAAGCACUACAUUCGAUUCACGCGCAAACCCAUCGAACGGCGGUCCUAUACCGUGCUGCAACAGAGCCUGCUGCCCGACAGUAGCGAAGUAGGCCAGAGCUUCCGCACGCUACGACUGUCCGAGAGCAACGUCCACGAGGCUGAAUGUCGCAAGCCUCUCGACCUUGAGGUUCCCCAGUCACUCUUCCCCGCCAAUGUCGACCUCUCCGACUACAUCUUCGCCCUUACUACGACUUUCAAGCGCCUCAAGCACCCCAAAACGAUCGAGGAGUGGGCCUACUGGCUGACAGAUGGCAACGGCAUGACGAACGGCGGCAAGCUCCUCGUUCGGCUCACUGACGCCUCCGACGUGGAGCUCAGAGACGUGACCCAGCGCCUCGCCGAUGUUGGCAUCGACGCCGAAGUGAGCGCUUGCGACAGUCGCAUAGAGAACGAGAUGGCUGCGCGCUAUCUCGGCCUGGUCCCUCUGCUGUAUUCCCACAAGAUAUCCUCCGCGAAGCAGUGGUUCGUCUUGUGCGACGCCGAUACCUUCUUCUCAGCCAUGAACAGCCUCGUCGCGAGAUUCAAGCAGUACGACCACACAAAACCGCUCUACGUCGGAACUUUGUCCGAGGAUGCCGGCGCCGUCAAGCGCCACGGUUCCCAGGCCUUUGGCGGCGGCGGCGUCUUCCUCAGCCGGCCCCUGGCCAAGAUCAUAUCAAGCGUCCAUGAUACGUGCAUUACGCGGGCCAAACUGAAGGAGUCCAACUCGGGCUGGGGUCCUCAGGGAGAUAUCCUCCUCCGCAAGUGCAUCUAUGAGAAUACCGACGUGCGCUUAACCCUACUCGAUGACCUCUGGCAGCUCGAUCUCUCGGGAGACGCGGCAGGCUUUUAUGAGAGCGGUCUCAAACCCUUCAGUAUCCAUCAUUUCAAGGGUCACAAGAAGUGGUGGCACGCCUCGUUCCCGCUCAACACGACCAAGAUUGCCCGCACUUGCGGCGAGGACUGCUCUUACCAACGCUUCGUCACCGCCGAUAACUUUAUCAUCUCCAACGGAUACAGUGUCGCGCAGUAUCCUCAAGGCAUCGACUUCGACCUCAACCAGAUAGAGGGCACCUUCCGCUCAGACAUCAAAUUAGACAGAAAGAACAACGGGUGGGCCUUUGACUACACCUUCGGCCCCCAGCGACUGCCACUCAGCAAGACGGGUAAAAAGAUGGCCUGGGACAUCUACGAUUCGCAGUACCUUGAAGACGGGUCAGUCUCACAGGUCUAUGUCCGGAAGAAGGACGACGAGCGAUGGACGACGAAGGAGGGAAAGCCCAUGAAAACCCUUGAUGGGAUCAUUGAGCUUAUAUGGAUCCCAGCAUGA